AUGGCAGUAACAGAAGAAAGAAGCCAACAAAUAAGGAAAAAAAUGGCGGUGGCUGAAGAAAAAAUCGGAAACAUAUCUGGCGAACUAAUCCAAGAGAGUCUAUCGUUGCUCCGCACUGUGGAUGUUGUUCGAACAUGCCUCCUUUUGAAGUGUUGGAGACACAUGUGUUUUAUAAAUAGUUAUAUAGAACACUGCAAGAGAGGCAUUGUCGAUUCAGUCCCAGUAAAAAGUUUUAAGCUUGAGAUGAUGAAUUUCUAUCGAAGUAAUGCUCACUACCUCGAUAAAUGGUUAACUUUUGUUGUAAAGAAUAAAGUCAAGGAAUUGCAUAUUUGCUUGAGUCCAGAGGAAGAUGAAGAUGAUGGCUUCUUACUCCAUUAUUAUGCUUUACCCAAAGCAGUAGAUAUAGAAGAUGAAGUCCAACUUCUUCAUAUCGAAGCUAAAAAUCUUGAGUUUUUGGAAUUAGUUGAUGUUCAUUUUGACAAAGUAAAUUUUUCCGGUUGUAAGAAAAUUUUAAAUUUAUCAUUUAGUUAUGUUUGCGAUUCAUCAUUAGAUGUUCUCGUAACAGAUCUUCCUCUUCUUGAGAAUUUGACUUUCAACAUAUGUAGUACGUUGAAAGACAUUAAAAUUUUGAGUUAG